UAAAGCAAAUGGCGACCUCAAUCUUUCCUCAUAAUGCAUUCUAAGAUUAUAAUCAGUAAAUUUAAGUCUGGGUUUAAUAUCAAAAUUCGCAGAUUAAAUUUAUUUUUCAUCUAAUUUAAUUAUUUUAUUUUGCAUGUAUGAAAGAAACGAUAAUUGAACUUGACACGAAAUUCAGUUAUUAUAAAGAAUAUAUUUUGUCAGCAUUGAUUCGAAGCUGGGAAUUUGUUCAAAAAGAAUAAAACUUUUACUUCCAGUAGAGAGAUAUAUAUAAAAAUGGUGGCUUUCUGCUAAUCAUUUGAUUCACUUUCACAUUUAAUUAUCUUCUUAAAUCUGUAAUCAUAGCGUCGCCUUCAAUAUUUAUAUAUAUAAAUAUUAUAUUGUUUAGAACAGUGAAUUGUUGAUCACAAAGAGGGAGCAUUUUUGUUUGAGCCUGUUGGGUUAGUCAAAAUCCAUUCUUUUUCUGCUACUGUUCUGGAAUCCGGAUGGUGAUGGACGGAAUGUACGGCGGCGGUGGCGGUGGUGGUGGCGCCGGAGGGAGCUGCUACUCGUAUGGGGACGGCGGCGGCGGCGGCGGUGGAGUGAUGAUGACGAGAGAUCCGAAGCCGAGGCUGAGAUGGACGGCUGAUCUUCAUGAUCGGUUCGUAGAUGCUGUGACCAAGCUUGGUGGCCCUGACAAAGCAACGCCAAAAUCUGUGCUGAGAUUGAUGGGGUUGAAGGGGUUGACAUUGUACCAUCUCAAGAGCCAUUUGCAGAAGUACAGGCUUGGACAGCAGGGAAAGAAACAAAAUGCAGGAGACCAGAACAAAGAGAACAGUGGGGAUUCUUGUAGACAGUUCAGUAUACAUUCAUCAGCCACAAGUACCCCUUCAUCAAGCAUGAACUGUAUGCAAGGAGAAAUCCCAUUUGGAGAUGCAGUAAGAUGUCAGAUUGAAGUACAGAAUAUAUUACAAGAACAGCUUGAGGUGCAAAAGAAGCUGCAGAUGAGAAUAGAGGCACAGGGGAAGUACUUGCAAGCAAUACUGGAGAAAGCACAGAAGAGUCUGUCCAUAGACAUGAACUCCCCCAGCAGUGUAGAGGCAACAAGAGCUCAGCUUAGUGACUUCAACUUGGCUCUCUCCAGCUUCAUGGAGAGCAUGAAUGGAGAAAGCAUUGGGAAAGCCAUGGAUGCCAACUUGCCAAGCUCUGAUUUUCUCGGGGAAGAGGAGGAGGAUGACAAGAGGGACAUCAACAUCAAGCUCCAUGGAGGGUUAAUGAAUUUCGAUUUGAACUGUGGGAGUAGCCAUGAUUUUGUUGCUGGUAAACUUACAAAUGGAAGAUGAGAUUGGAAAUGCAAAUAUUUUGAUUUACCGAAAAUCUCAUAGUGAUUCUAGCCGGCAAAGGACUAGAAGAAAGUACAAAUAUUUAACUCUGAUCAAUGGAAGUAUAUGCUUUGUAUUUUUGUUUUGUGUUUGGGAUACAUGAUUUUAGAAAUACCAUGUUAAAUAUAUCAUAAUUUUUUUUAUAUAGAAAUUUUUGUUUGUAUAUCAA